AUGUCUAGACCAUUCAUCAACGAAGACAUACUUAUUCAGAUUGUAGCACAUCUUCCUAACACUCUUGAUCGUAUCGCACUGGGCUCUACAGCGCGAUGGUGCUAUUUGAAUAUUGAAAGAUUUGUCUAUACCCACGUUACACUUCGCCCGGACGGGCCUGCCUUCGAUGUCGUUUCCAGACUGCUCAAAGACCGGGCCCUGUGUACGCACAUUACACAACUCGACAUUAUGUUAUCCACUCGUUCACGAUACACUACUUACGUACCAGGAAAAGAUGAUAUCCAACGUAUGUGGGAACACCAGGACAAAUACAUCCAAGACGUGACAAUAAUAAUGAAACAUGCAACCCAACUGAAGGGAUUGUGGAUUGAAGAGGGGAAGGCUGGCGCAAUACUACACUCCCGAUUAUCGCUUGAGCUGAAAUUCGGAUAUUUUCCCUUCAGUCUUACGUCCUUUAGGCUAGGUUCCUUUACGCCCGGCGCAUUGGAGUUCAUUGGAACUCACACAGAAUUGAAUCACCUUGUGCUGACCCAUCUUACCAAUUUUCCUCAUGGCUCCGACGACCUGACUAGCCUUACCGCCAGAUUCCAAGCGCCCGCGGUAGAUUAUAAACUUAUGGAGCUGGGUACAUUGUGGGCUACCCCAUGGUGGACACGUGCUCUUUUGACCCGCUGCGAUGUCCAUACAUUCGGUCUGCUUGACAAAUCUCAGUCAACUGGGGCGCAUGCGCAACUUAUCCUGGAUGUCGAGAUAGCACUUUCAAUAUCUCCGCUAGUUGCGCAAGGCGGUCACAAAACGGUCAGAUCGCUGGCGCUUCCGUUAGAUUAUUUCGUUGUGCCAAGACCAACUCUUAAUUUAGAACUUAUAUCGAGGGCGUUCCCGGUGGUCGAAAGGGUCGCCGUUACCUUAGAGCCAGGGAAAGAGGUAAUUCGGCUCACUGGAACUUUUGAGGGCAAUGAAUCAUACACAGCCCCGGAGGCCCUCCAGGAUCCGAUAUUCGAGUCUGCAACAGAAUUGUGUUUCCUCUUACCAGGAGAAUGGCCACAUGACGGGAGUGCCCCUCACAAGGCCAUUAGCAAACGAGGAAAGGACGUCGACUACGCAAUCCCUUACUCCCUUGUGAAGCUCAUGCCGAAACUUGUCCAUGUUGUUACCCCAGACAGAUGUUACUCUAGAGGGGUAAAGCAUUGGGGAGUGACAAGUACGGAGAACGUACCCAAGGUGAAUGGCCCAAUGGCAAUGUUUGGUUCGGACGGGCAAGAAGCGAAUGCCAGUUGCCGCAAUCCUGGAUAUGACAAAUACUAA